UACGUGACUUUUGUUUAAUCGGUAAUGGUUUCUCGUCUUUACGUUUGUAUCACAUCAAUUUGUAAUUUCAGGAGACUGCUUUUCGUUUGUGUAUCUCCUUGUGUAUAUUUUUUUAACUUAAGUAUUUUUAAAGUGUAUCAGAGUGAACUACAAAGAAUUGCUUGUUCAUAGGGGGGAAAAUCAUUGGUCAGGAUAUUCUUCAAGCGAUGAAGUCCUCCUAGAUAUUCAGUUAUGGAUUGAACUACUGUCAGGAUUAUGGACUCUUCCUACGGGUGAAGCUAAAAUGGCGCACGGUCUUGUACUAAGAAUGCAAGAUUACGUUAAGAAAAUAGAUACCAGGAAAGAAAAUACUGCAACUGCACAGGAAUCUGCUUACGUGCCAGUUGAUGAGUCAGAUGCAUCUUCUGUUGAAGUUGUGCAGAUAAUAAAAUCAUGGUUGCUGGUGACAAAGAAUUCCCGAAAUUCCAAGAUGGAAUUUCUGUCACUGCUAAGAGAAACGCUGUUGUUCAUGUUAUCCUCAAACUGGGCAAAUUGCACAAAGCAAAAUGAUUUGCUACAUGUAUUUGGGAACUACCACCAAAAGUUUUCAACUAUCGUAAAUAAGGCAGAAACUAUAAAAAAUGCAGUUCUUCAAUUGUCUAACGAUCCUUGGGGAAAUCCUUUCUUCCAAUGGACAGAAUUGGCUUUGGGUAAAUUGACUGUUGCAGACAGAAAAGUUCAAAGCUAUUUUUCUCAAGAACCUGAAGAAAUUGUUUUGGCCAGAGUUCAGUCAUUUGUUUUGCACAAUAAUCUACCAUCAGCUUUGGGUCUUGCAAAAUUGUCUUUUUUGUACCAUAGUCGAAUUAAGAGGAAUCUGGCGAAACCUAGUAAAGCAAUUGGAUCACAAAUUGAAGAUAUUAGCUGCGAAGGUCAUGCAUCUAUUGAUUGGUAUAUGACACUUUUAGAAAGGAAGAGAUCUCUUUCGGCCAUUAUUAAAGAAGUUAGCCGCCUGAAUUGUCAUGAAGGAGUUGAAAUAAUUUGCCGCCUAAAAAGAAAUAAACAUUUCAAUAGUUUGAUUCUUACAUUGGUGCAAAUUUUUAUCAUGCAAGAUUUGAUCAAACCAUCAAAACAUUGCUGCACAAAGAACCUUUUUGAUUUAUUUUGCCUGAUCCAUAAAGAACGGAAUUCUAAUGUAAAGGAAGUAACGGAGAGUAUAGAAAAGAUCUUUGCAGCUCAUGCACCUAGCAGUUCUCAUUUAUACUUAUUAGUUGAUGUAAUGUGGGAAAAAUUUGGAGCCAAAUUCUUCUCAUUAUACAUUGAAUUCUGUAUAAGAGGUUUAACAGCAGACAUCAAUUAUCUGGAGAUUGCAAAAAAUGAAGAUCUUCAUUGUGAUAAAAGUGAAUUAGAAGUACACAUAGCCAAAAUGUUUGCUAAACUGUCUACGUUAUUCAGCUUCUAUGACGAAGCCAAACGAGAUUGUAUGUUCAGUGCCUUCAUCCUAAAACCAUCAAAAUCUAGACAUAAGUAUUUGCAACACGUCAAUAGGAUUAUACAAGAAAAACAGCUGGAAGCUUCUGAAAAUUCUAAUUUCGAUUUGCCAUUUAGAGACUGUACGUGCAACCGUAUUUGUAAUGGAUACUGUAAAGUACCCACAUGUGACAAUACUUUUGAGCAUCCACUUUUAAAAAAGGGCAUUAGAAAUGUCCCAUUUUCUCUUGUUGAAGAUUUAGUUAGUGUUUUGGAGAGUGUUCGUUGCUUAAAGUUUCAGUACAAUGUAUUUAAUUGGAAAUUUGCUGGACCUAAAAUAGCAAAUUAUUUUAAAUCCUCUUUAAGAAGUAGAAAUAGUAUUAGUAGUGUUGAUAGCAGUCAAGCAAAAAACACCCUAGAAAAAGUUUGCAAUGAAGAUAAUAAAUCUUUAAUGGAAGUGGAUGUAACAAAAAGAUUACUUUCACCUAAUGCUCUUGUUAAGAGAAAAAACUCUUCAGAUAAUUCUAAGUCUGAUUUUCUAGAUGUUGGAGCUAACAUUGAAGUUCACAGUGAUGACAGUUCUAGUAAAAGAAUCAAAAUAUCUUUACCGCCUGCAAAAGAGACUCCAGAAGAUUCAGUGAGUUCCAUUUGUAACCUUAAAAUCAGUGAUGCAAUAGAAAAAGUAAUUAGAUCAUCUCUUAAUAGUGACAAAACAUCAAGAGAACAAACUUUUAUGUCUAUGGCACCUGCAUUAAAUGAGCCUUACUUAAAUAAUACAAGUUGUCCUAUUAAUAUAACUGACAAAAUGCGUCAUGUUAUUAAUAGCAACCAAAGUCCGUGUGAUAAUAAAAGUGUCAGAGCGGGUGCUAAUUUAGUAACAGCGUUGCAGCAUAGUUAUGUUUCCAAGCCUAGUACUGACUCUCCUCCUUUAAAGCAAGGUUUAGUUAGACCAAGUGUGGUGAUGAAAGCAGAAAACUUAUCUGACAAAAAAUAUAUUCAACCAUAUGAAUCAUCUAAACAUUCUUUAUUAAAAAGUUCUCUGUUAAAACCAGACUUGCAUCACAAAUCAUUAAAAGAUUUGGGUGUCAAGUCAAAUCUGCCAUACAAAAGUGAACAGUUUAGUAACAAUUAUUUGCAAAAAUCUUUGCAGAAUGUCCAGCUUAAACAAACAAACCAGAUGAUAGACAGAAAUAGUAAUGAUCAUGGUGCUAUAAAUUUAAGCUCAACAAGACACUUGGACAUCCCAUCUUCCAAACCAUUGCUCGAGAUGUCUCAUCAAUAUCCUCUUGAUCUGAAGUGCAAUAAAAAAUUUGAAGUUCAGAAAACAAAUAGAGCAAUUGGGACUUCAAAUGAGUCUGUAUCUAAUCAAAAUAUUCAUUAUAAUAAUCAAUUGGCAGAUAGACUUUCAAAUACACCAUCUGUUGAAGCAAAAAUGGUUGAUAGAAAUUCAGUAAUUCAACACACAAUGCAGCACUUAGAUAUUAAAAUACCAAAAAAUCUGACUGUGUCUAUCAUUUCUGAUAGGACAAAACAGAACGAUACUUCAAAUUUGCCAACUUUUAAGCUUAAAGUUCCAAACAGAAAUUUACCAAAACACAAUUUUGUCCCUGCCAACUUGGUGAUUAAUCGUCCACUUCCAUCCACUUCUUCAACAAAUAUUGUUUCAGAUAAAACUUCUACUCAUGAUAAGCAAGAAAUGAUCACAAUUCCUGGUAUUCUUGCACCGAAGUCGGUGAUAAAGCGAUCUUGGGAGGUUCCAUCUGUUCAGAAUAACGUUGAAUUUAAAAAAAUAAUUCACACAUCUUCUACUACUAAAAAGACAUACUGCCAUCCUUAUCAGAAGCAACCAGUGCCGGUGAAAGAUGAAUGGCCUCGGGAGUUUAUAAGCAAAACUGAAAAAGUUACAAAACGGGAAACAACCUAUCAAAUUUAUAAAACUAAGCAAAUGACAGAUAAUGUCAAUACUGGAAAGUGGAAAACAGUGGGGGAUGUCAUUAACUCAGUUCAAUCACCAGUUUUAUUGACAAAUCCUCAAUUGCUAUCUCGUAGCUCAGUUCAAUCACCGGUAUCAUCAACGAAUCCCGAAGUGUUGUCUCGUAACUCGGCUCAAUCAACAGUUUCUUCAUCAAAUUCUCAAUUGCUGUCCAUGAACUUGGUUCAGUCAGCAACUUUGCCAUCAAAUUCUCAAUUGUUAUCCAUGAACUCAGUUCAGUCAGCAGUUACAUCAUCAAAUUCUCAACUGCUGCCUUUGUCAUACCAAAAUUCUAAUAAUUCUAGAGCUACAAGUUCAUUCUCAAAUAACAUAGCUGUUCAUAAAUCUCAUCAGUCAAAUACACAAACAACCAUGUCUGAUUUUGAUAAACCUUCUCACUGUUCCUAUUCUUAUAAAAAUGAUGCUGUGUCUGUUCCUAAUCCAUUACAGUCUAAACCUUCUUAUAAUGUAAAAGACAAUUUUACAACUCAAUCCGAACUAGAAAAAAGGUCUGGCUUACCUGUUAUUGGCACGUCUUUGUUAAAAACUUCACUCACAUCUCAAUCUCCUCUUGUUAGAAAACAUAAUUCACAAAUAAUGCAGUUACUUGAUUACACAAACUCUAAAGCUUUAAAAGGCUCUAAUACAUCAAACAUUUCAACUACUACUGGAACUUCACCUGGUUUAUCUGUUAGUUCAUCCAAUUUAAAUCAAAGGUUUCAAAGUAAUUUAUCAAAUCUUGGUACUUCAUAUAGUUUGGCUUCUGUUUUAGUUGAAGAUGACAAAGGUAUUGUAUACAAAGCAGCAAAAUCAGAGAACACACAGGGACAUAAUACUUCAAGUAGGUGUUGUUCUCCAUCAGAGGUUAAUCCCUGCCAAAAUUGUUCAUUGCCUCCAAAGGAAAUUAAUUUCAAUUCUGCCAGUACAAAUGCACAAAUAUUCAAUUCUCCAUCUGUUAAUGUGAACUCUGCCAAUCAGAUUAAAUAUGAAGUUACUGAUCCUGAUGAGGAGAGAGAAUUAAGUCAAAACCAAUUGGUACUCCAGUGUCCCUCUCAAGAAGAAUAUACUGCCUGCCACAUAUGUUCUAUGACAUGCUCUGUUGCUAAUUACCAAUUUCAUCUUGAAAAGCAUCACUCUUUUGAAACAAUGAAAAAAGUCGGGAUGUCUUCAAAUAUAGCAAAAAAAUUUGAUUUAUAUGAUCUUCAGUCUACCUCAUUUGACUCUUUGCCCCAUGACCGUACCAAAGAAGUAUCUAAUGUUGAUCCUGUCGAAAAUAAAACUGUUAGUAUAGAUCUUCCUCCAAACCAAAAUAAUAUAAACACUUGUAUGGGUAUUAUAAAUAAUUCCUUUGAUCAAGUCUAUAAUUAUUUAGAUAAUGUUGAGAGUUCUACGGUUUACUCAGAUGAUUCAGCCUUCAAGUUUUCGGAUAUGCUGCAAAGUCAUCAAAAUAAUAAUAUAAUUGAGCUGGAAAACAAUAAUUCAGCUUCUGGAGCUUUAGAAGAAAUUAACUUAGAAAGUUCUUUUAUUGAAAAUAAUAUUUGUGGCAAUGGCAGUAGUCUGGAUGAAAUGUUGGAUUUUCUAGAUAAUGGUACUGAUAUAACACAAGCUUCCCAACCUUCUGAAUCACUUGGUCCUGAUAAAGGUAUUACUCCUAGUACACCUGAAAAUUGUAUAUCAAACCCAAUAUAUAUAAAUCAAUUGGGUAAUAAAUCGAAGAUUAAAAAGAAACUAUAUUGUAAAUUUUGUUUGAAAACCAAGGGGAAGGAAAGAAAGUUUUCUAUAAGAGGUUCCCUAUAUAAACAUGUUAAAACCUUUCAUCCAGACACAACUAUAAAUGAUUGUUUGGGUCAUUUGGUUCAUGGUUUAAUACCUUCUAAUUCUUCAUCUAGUCAGAGUAUACUUAAAGUUCCAGACAAUAGAAUUGUUGUUCGUCAAAGUUUUCCAAUAGUUAGACAUGAAAGAAGUGAAACUGGAGAAGAUACUUUUAAUAAUUUUCAGCAAAAUGUUAUGGAAAGGAAUAAUUUUCCUGCUCACAAUAAUGCAAAUCAAGUUUCAGUUAUAGAUUCUAUUAGAUAUGAAGGACAAUUUGAUACAAAAAAUACUUUUUCUUUUCCUGAAAGAAAGACUAAACAUCGUCAAUCUAAAUGUGUUUAUUGUGGUAAAUUGUUAACUCUCAUAUACAUGAAGCAGCAUAUAGCAAAAAUGCAUCCCAAUGCUUUGUCAUCCAAUCUUUCCUCAAAUAAUGCUAGCACUUCAGUACCAACUGAAUUUAAAUUAUCUUUAUCCAAGACAUCUGAUUUAACUCAAGAAAAUAUUGAUUCAAACACAUGCUUAUCUGUGUCUGAUGCACUGCAAACUGGUGAACAAUGUAAUAGUUUAUUAAAUGUUAUUCAAAAGCAGAGUGAUUUUGUUAACUCUAGCUUAAUUCCUACUCCUAAGUUUGUAACAAACAAUGAAGAACACCUUGGACAAGACUUGAAUUUAAAUAAUUUUUCAAGUAAUUCUACGCAUAUUUUUUACACUUGUCAUUUAUGCCAGAGACCUUACACAUCUCAAUCGUUUCUAACUAAACAUAUUAAAACCUAUCAUGGAAUUGAUGAUAUGAAUGAAUCUGCAAAAAGUAAUUUGAGCUAUAAUGAAAUAUCCGAUUCAAGUAAAUUUAGUGAUACAAAUAAUUCUGAACCGAAUCGAUCUCUGUUGGAAAUGCCCUAUGAAAAUAUUCCAAACUCUUAUGGUGAUUAUAAUUACUUAGAAAAUAGACUUGAUACAAAUUUAAUGCAUGGGGAUAAAAUGGAUGCAGGUGAUGGCUACAGAAAUUCAGAUAUUUAUAACUGUGAUCUAUCAAACUCUGAAUAUUCAACACAUUAUAAGCAUAAUAUUUCUGAUCUAAAACAGCUGCUACAAUCUGGCCAAAACGAACAUGACACUCCAAAUUCAAGUGCAGAAAAUAAACAUGAAUAUUCAAACCCAUUGCAUACCACUGGUUACAAAAUAAACCAAUCUAAUUUUAAUUUGCAUUCUUUAAAUAAUUCUAUCGAUACUGAGCAAAAUUCAGAUUUGAAAAAUGUUUUUGUAUAUAAUACUCCAAAUAUAAAUACAUCUGCAGAAAUAAUAAACCCAGCGCUUACCAGUAGCUGCGAAAUAAAUAGAGACUCAAAUUUUCCUUUGUGUUCUUUAACUAAUUUUGUAGAUGCAGAGCAGAAGGCCGAUUUAAAAAAUGUGUUUGAACACAAUAUUCCAAAUUUAAAUACAACUCCAGAAAUUAAAGAUUCAGACCCAUUGCAUACCACCGAUUGCAAAAUAAAUGAAGACUCAAAAUUUCCCAUAUGUUCUCCAAAUCAUUCUGUGGAAUCAAAGCAAGAUGCAGAUUUGAACAAUGUGUCAGAAACGACUGUAAAUUACAACCGUUUACCUAGGUUCACAUGUCCUAUUUGUCAGAAGACUUACUCUGGGAAAGCUUAUUUCAGAAAACAUUUUAAAAUGAAACAUAACAGAAUAGCAUCGGAUAAAGAGUUGGAGGCUUGGCAAAAUUUUUCUGUUCCAAUUAAAUCUAGAAUUCAGCAGAAAAGAAUAAGUGGUGUGCCUGUUAACAAUAUUUCUGAUGUAACUGAUCUGCUAUCUGCUGGAGCACGUUGCAAUGAAAAGGUUAUGUGUAAAAUUUGUAUGAAGGAAUAUUCAUGCAGGGGGAAUCUAAAAAUUCAUUUGAAAAAUAUUCAUAACAGGAUGGUAUCAGAUAAACAGUUGGAAGAGUGGCAAAAGUUAUCUGAUUCAAUGAAAGGUAGAGUUAAGAAGAAAAUUAUGAGUGAACCUGUUAACCAAUAUACUAGGAGAUUAUCUCUUGAAGUUCAAAAAAGUAAUUAUUCUGGUAUAAGUGACCUGCUAUCUGCUGAAGCACGGUCCAAUGAAAAAGUUGAGUGCAAAAUUUGUAAAAAAGAAUAUUCAUGCAGAGGGAAUCUAAAAAUUCAUAUGAAAAAUGUACAUAAUUAUAGAGGCCAAAGGCAGAGGAUUGUGGAGGGAAAUAAAAAAGAAGUGCAAUGUCAUAUAUGUUUAAAGCUUUUGCAGAACACAUCAUUAAAGCAACAUGUUCAACAAGUGCAUGGUGACGGUUUCCUAACUGAUGAACAGGAGGCUUUCACUGUUUCAAAUGUAGCAGCUCUGUCUGCUUUGAAUUAUUGUGACGAAAAUGUUCAGCACACUCUAUCUAAUUUUGGUAAUAGCAAUGUUUCCAAUAGAUCUGAUUCAGUGACAUUCUCUUCUGGCAAAUCAAGUACAGGCUGUACUGAAAAUGAACCUGAAAGUUUAAACCUAAAAGACAAGGCAUCCAAUUAUGAUUGUCUAAACAGCUUGAAAAAAAUGGCCGAUUUUGGGAAAGCUGAUUUUAGCUCUUUCCCAUCUAGUAACAAUUUGCAAGAAGUUACUAAUGUCUCUAGUCAUAAAACUUCAAUUGAAACCUUCAAUUGUACUGCAUCAAAGCUGGGAUUUGAUUCAAGGGCAGUGAAUGAUUUUGAUUUGCAAGGCGAAAUAACUAAUCAAAAUGUGGCUGAUGAUCGAAGUGAUUUUGAUGACUUCUCUUUAUCAGAUAUUCCUACUUCAGAUGAUGAAUGUACAAAUUUAAUAGAGAAUGAAAUAUUGCAGAAAGAGUUAAUGGAGAUUGGCACUACUUCUGAAUGGACUUUAAAAAACUUUCAAAAUUGUGAAGAUCAAAAUUUUACUUCAUUAGAAUCCAACCAUAGUCUUGAGCCUAUAUCAGAUGUAACAGAUACAAGCAGAAAUGAUAUAAGUGAGUGCAAAUUUUCAAAUAAUGAAUCAAAACGACUUUCAGUAGUGGAAAAUUAUCCAAAAAGUAAUAUUGUAUCUGAGUUGUCAGAGUCUUGUGAACCUUUUAAAGAAGUAGGUCCUUCCUUAUCUGUUUCAACUCCUGAGGCAGCUAUUGAAUUUAAUUUUGUUGAAGGUUCAAAUUUAGAUCGCAAGGGAGAAAAAUUACAUUGUACAUAUCCUCUAGAAAGCUGUCCAAAACCUGAUAAUGUCUGUGCCAUUCAAAGCUCUACUGAUGAUGAAUUUAGUGUUCCUUUGGAAAAGUUUAGUGAUGCUAAUUCUCCCCAAACAAUUAGUUGCAGCUUUUCCUCAAAUGAAUCAAAAACAAAUUCUAAUGAAUGCAGAUUUUGUCACAAAAUGUUCAGCACCAUGAAAUUUCUGUCAAAGCAUCUGAAAAUUUUUCACAACAUCCCAUUUCUAAAAAAGCAAAAAUCUGCGAAGCGUAAGUCUAAUCAAGAUGAAAAAUUAUCCCCACCCCUUUUGACUCACCAAACAUAUGAAUUAGAUACCCUGCCACCAUCAGUGGAAAACUUCCAAAAUUCUGCUAUAUCUGCAAUUGAAGAUGAAAAUAAAUUUGUUGGUGUAUCUGAUGAAGUUUACAAUUAUAGUGAUUCUUUACCUGUGGAUAAUACAAAUCAAUUGAAUAACUGUUCAGAUGGUUCUCUUAUGCUCAAUUCAACUUUUCCAAUUAGCACAUCCAAUUUGGAAUAUAGUUUGAAAGAAGUUGGUGGUGAUUUUAGGUUGAAACAAUGUAAUAUCCGUGAUACUGAGCUGGCCUGUUAUUCCUCUUUUAAUGAUUGCAAAAAUGAGCAUAUGGCUUGCCCUGUUUCUGAUCGUGAUAUUGAGCAUCGAUCUUUUAAAGUUUCUGAUUAUGAAAAUGAAUGUACAUCUCAUCCUGUUUCUGAUAGUGAAAGUAAUUAUGCACUUGAUCCUAUUUUAGAUCAUGAAAAUGAUUGUACAACUCUCGUUCCAUAUCAAAAAAGCCAUUGUAUAUCUGAUCGUGUUUCUGCUCUUGAAACUGAUUACAAGUCUCUACUUGUUUCUGAUCAUGAAAAUGAAUGUGCAACUUAUCCUGUUUCUGAAGGUCAAGAAAAUAUACAAGAUAAAAUUUCUAAAGCUCCCAUACUUCCAUGUAUCAUAAAAGUGUUGAAAAAUGAGAAGAAUGCCAUAAUUUAUCAAAUUGACAAGUCCAAAGGAGAUGAUUCACCUUCAAACUCUGUUAAUAGUAAAUCAAAAUCUAGUCCUGGAUUUCACAGGUAUUUCAUAAAGCAUAAAAAAUCAAAUAAUUCAAGGAACUGUAGAAAGAAGUCAAAUAGAAGUCCCUAUCGAUCUAGCUUGUACAGUAGACAGAAAACAUUAAUGCGUCGUAAAUCAAGAGCACUAUUUACUAGGAGGAAUAAAAUUUUCAAGAGAUCUCGAAAAAAGAGGGAUCAACCUGUUGUUCAAACUUUUAAACCAAGUGAUGUUGAAAUAUUUUUGAAAAACCAUAAACUACCAUAUGUUCUGCUGACACCAUUAGAUGCAAAAACUCUUUCCCAAUUAAAUUAUAAUGAUUGUGCUGUCAGACUAGAAAGAUGUGAUAUUCUAAAUAUCGAGAGUCCGGCUCAUUUCCAUCCUGGUGACGUUACAGAGCUCUCAUUUUCCAAUGACAGUUUUAUGCCUAAUGAGGCAUAUAACAAUAUUCAAAUCAAUUCUGUGAUGAAAACACGGCGAAACUCUGCUGUACAAGAAACCACCAAUUUAACUGUUGUUCUUCACAAGUUACAAUUGGACUCUAAUUCAAGUGAGGUGCCUUUAAAUAAUGAUUUUGAAAUUUCUAGUUACAGAAGUUGUGUGCAAUCGCACAUCCAACUCAAAGAAUGUAAGGUUGUUUUAGAAAAAUUACCAUCUGAUUUUGUCUCAUGUGUACAGUAGACUCCCAAUUUUCCAAUUCAAUGCCAUUUUGAUAAACCUAACUAGCCAUAUAUCUGGUGGUCAUUUUUCUACCCAACUUUUCAAACUAUUAGCAAAUAAAAAGUGUUAUUAAAAUAAAUUAAUCUUCUGAUUGCUUAUUGUUAAAAUUUUGAAAUAUGAUUUAAAUUAACAUAAUGUAAUAUUUUUAUUACAUCUUAGUGCUACCACAGCCUUCAAAAGUAUAAGUUACGAUAAAGAAAAAAUUAUCUCAAGCUAAACUUUUAUCAUGUAUUAACUACAAUUCAUGUGUCUGUGUUAAAAAUCAAAUGGGGCCUAGUAACAAUGCUAUGAUAGCUAAACUUAGCUUCUUUAAACUGCAUCUUUCUGAACUAUUAAAUAUGAGGAAAAUGAAAUUACAAAAUAUGAAAAUGAAAUAAAUAAGAUUAAUGGGUUUUAGAAUUUGAUUUUUAAAAAGAUAAUUAUGUUUGCUUUUAAAUCAUUUUUAAAAUUCCUAGACAACUGAAUUUGGAUAUAUUCCAUUAAUUAUCAAGCCAUUUUUAAUUGGUCGAGCAAAAUGUUAAAAAGUAAUAAAAUGUUCAAACGUUAAGUUUAGAUCUUUCAAAAAGUUUUUAAAAAAACAAGAAUUAAAUUUCAAAAAUAGAGGGGAACUUUUAUUAGAGUACUAUAAAAAUCACUUCUGCUUAAAAAUACCUUUUCUGACCUAAGAGCAUUGAUUUUAACUUAAAUUGGCUCCAAAAAAAACUCUGAAUAAGACUUUAUACUAAUGAUUAGAUUUUUAAAAACUAUGUACAAAUCUUAAUUAUUCAAAAGAAUGCCCUUAAGUAAGCUAAUUUAUUACUGCAAACUAUUAAGUUACAGAAUCAGAAGCAAAAACUUAUUUCUCCGAAUAAGCAUACCAUUUUUUAGCAAUCAAAAUAGUGGAGAGGAGUUCCGCAGUGAGAAAAAAUUUUCUCAAUAAUUUAGUCGAGAGAAAUCAAAAGUUUGAGCCCCUUUAUGCAAAUUUUUAACUUUUUUUAUAUUUUGCCUGUUCCUGAGAACCUCUUAAGCAAGAUAUCCAAAGAUGAUCCACUGGAGUAAUUUUUAACAAAUGUUUGUCGCUUUUUAUUAAUUUUUUUAAUGCUGGUUGAAAAUUGUUUGAGUGUCAAGAUUUGGGAGAAUGUUGAAUAGUUAUUAUUUUUAUUUUAUUUUUUUUGCCCAUUAUAAAAAAAAAAUUAAAAAUAGUAAUUGUAAAGUAUUUUUAACGAUACCAAACUGCCGACCACUCUCCUGACUAAAUUAUUGAAAACUCAUUUUCUAAGAUUUUGGUUACAUCCCAUGUUUUGAUAAUCAAGAAUUAAAACACGUUGAAAAAAUGUAUGCUUCUUCAGAGAAAGUAGGAUUUUGUAACUAAUUAAUUAGCAUGUUUAAGUUUUUUAAUUAUUAAGAUUAGGUCUUAGUACUUGAAAAACCAAUCAUUAGAACAAAAGUUAUUCAGAAUUAAAUAUCUUUUUAACCAUCAAGUUUCAAUGGUAAUAAAAACCAAAUUAAUAAUUGGAAAGAUCUUAAGUCUACUAAUAUCUUAAUUUUUUUCCUGUUAAGAUUUUCUUAAAUUAUUUCUCUAAAAUUUUAGUUUUAAAGAGAUUUUUUUGAGUUGAGAGUCUACUGUAUAUUAUAAAUGUAUUUAAAUUCAUUUUUCUUUUAAAAAUUACUUAUUGUUUUUCAUAUUUUUCAUGCAUUUUAAACUUUCCACUGGUACAACUGGCUGGUAAAAUACAUAUAUAAAUAGGCAUUAAAUGCUUACCUCAAGUGCUUUUCAUUAUAACUGAUUUUUAGAGAAUUUUAAAGUAACUAAAACCUCAUUAGUGUAAAUAAGAUUAUAAUUUUAAGUUUAAAUGACACAAUUCAUGAGCAGUGCAUUUCCAACUUUUUGGACUUUUGUAAAAUUGGUGUUGCAUGUGAAUGUUUCUUUCCUCAGGAUGAACAUUUCUUUGGUACGUCAUUAGAAAAAAGAUAACUAAGCAUCAGAAAAUUGUAUUUUUUCACACACAUUAUUGUAUUAUAGCUUCUUGAGAAAUGUGUUCCAAAUAUUGUAAAUAAUAAAUCUUAAAAUUUGUUUUGA